CAAUAUAGGACCUUUCUGUCAGGGGUCGAUCUGUGCAGAGGCGGGUGGUCACCAGGUCACGGGCCGGAUGCGGUGUCUCCUUUGUCAGGCCUCCGUAAAUCUCCUACCAAAGGUGCUAUCUCCAACAAAGAUUGUUCCUUCUCUAACCUCCCCCUCCCUCGUGCCCCUUCGGGCACGCGGGGUCGGUCCUAUAAGUCCUCCGCGCUCCAUGCGCUUUCGUGCAAUUUAAGCUUUACCCUAUCUUUUAACUUCGCCGUUAUGCUUUGGCCGCGACACCGGCGACUCGCCGGCACGUCCCCGGAAGGGUCCGUGCCCGGCUGGCUGCCAGCGCCCCUCUCCCCCUUUUCUGCCGGGCGGUCUCGCCCGUACUCCUAA